CUUCGCACUGUUAGGAUGCUCAGCGAGGCUGCGACGGAUGUCAAGUCAGUGGAAUUAUCAACAAGAGAAGAUAAUGAAACUGCUGCUCAGUUUAGUUUGUCUUCUUCAAGGUGUCAGCUCACUCAAGGUGGAUUGCCCAACAUUUGCGGAACUUGGUUCUUCAACACGUUUAAUUUGCUUUGAUAUACUGUCUAACAAGUCCUUAGUUUCAUGGACAAGGCAUGAUAAUGAAUUAGUUAGCAAUUGCAAUCGGUAUGGCUGUGACGGCCUCGAAGGAUAUACAGUUUCGCGUGAUUCUAGCCACAGUGAGCUUAAGAUACUGGAAGUAGGUGAGAAAGAUAUCGGAACAUGGACUUGCAAGAGCCGUAAUGGAUCACAAUGUAAAAUGGAGGGUUACAAAACUCCAUCAUGCAACAUAACCUAUGAUGCUGAUGCUGACAUGCUUGCGCUGAAUGAUCAACUGGUUCUCUUGGUGAACAUAGAUGACUAUUACUGUUCUCGGGGUUCAAGCUUCACACUACAAAUCGGGGAUGUAACAGAGACAUUGUUAGGCACUGAUGGAAAUAGAACGGACAAGACAUUGGUCGUCAACUUGAAUGUUACGGAAAGACGUUUCGGAUCUGUGGAGCUGGCUUUUCUAUGUCAUUAUAAACACAUUCCUUUGACGUGCACAGGUUUAAGAGAAAUUGUUGACAAACGGCAGAUGGAAGAAGUGAUGGCAGAUGUAAGAAUCAGGGCAAGCAUUAGUAUUGGGGCCACGGUAGGCGCUGCCGUUGCAGGAAGCGUGGCUGUCACAAUCAACAUCGUGCUGGUGGUCGUUCUGGUGCAGAUUAAACAAUCAAAAAGGCCAGAAACACACAGUGGUAGAAAUGUGUACGAUUCUCCUAAUGACGUUGAUGGACAAACGGAUGAAACAUCUGGACAUGAAUACAACACUUUGUACCUAACUCCUGUUGAGGGAGACAAUAUCUAUAAUGUCAUAUCCACUUAAGUACACUGUGUAAAUAUACACGUAUCCAAACACCAUGACGGUAUUUGCUGUUGGCCUCUAAAGUCAAAGGGAUAUGGGGUUAGUUUCGGUAACCAUAUCUCUGUGCCGCUCCCAAUAAACGAUUUUUAUGUUGA